ACUCCCCACCCCUUCACCCCACUGUACCUCCUCCUCCUCCUCCUCCUCCUCCUCCCCCUUGCUCCUCCCAGCCACCCGCUACCACAACCCUGCUGCUCCUCAGUUCGUCCCCCAUCGUACACUCGUUCACAACCACAGCUCCUCGUUCUAAAACCCUUGCAGUGAGUGACAGCCAGCAACAUGAGUAAGACCAAACUGCUCAGCGGUCACGAGGCGGUGCCGCUCACGCUGGAGGAGCAGAAGGAGAUCAUGGACACGGGCGUGGUUUUCCCGUGUGCCAUGGUGCGCCUGCAGCCUGAUGGGUGGCUGCUGCCGGACCCCAUGGUCACCAAGUACUGCGACAAGGUGUACAACUUUAAGUUCCGGCCGGACGACCUGGUGGUGAUGUCCUACCCGAAGUCCGGAACCACGUGGAUGCAGGAGAUUUUGUGGACAAUGGUACACAAUCCGGACCUAAACCAUCCUGAGACCAACACGCCCAUCCUAAACCGUUCGCCGGAUAUUUCGUUCGACUUCAUUUUCGACUCCCAAGUGACUCAGUUCCUUAAGUUCGAAGCAUUCCGGAAAUGGUUCACAGAGGUUUGCCCGGAUCGGCGCACGGAGGACGGGAUCAUGCUGCAAAUCACUGAGCUUAUGUCCGGACGUAGAAUUAUCAAAAGUCAUCUGCCGCUGUCUCUCAUGGCGCCAGAUUUCCUCGACAAGGCAAAGGUGGUGUAUAUGAUGAGGAACCCCAAGGACGUGAUUGUCUCCUACUUCAACAUGAUGAUGAAAAUAAAUGUGGGUGAAUUCUCUUCCGCUUUCGAGUCCUUCACCAGAAGUUUCAUGCAGGAUAACCUUAUCUUCGGGCCGUACUGGCGUCACGUGCAGGAGGCGUGGGAGCAGCGGGACCACCCCAACAUGCGCUUUGUCUUCUACGAGGAGCUCAAGGCUGACACUAUGACUCACCUGCAACGCCUCAACGACUUCACCGGAGCAGACCUCACCCAGAGCCAGCUGGACGCCGUGGCGCGUCACACUUCAUUUAGCAGCAUGAAGGGGAGAGGAGAACCAAUGAAAGAUGGACUGUUCACUAACUUCUUCAGGAAAGGCACGUCGGGGGGGUGGAAGAGUCACUUCACGCCGGAGCUGGAGCAGGAGAUGGACGAGUGGAUAGAGAAACACACCACCAACAACGGCAUGAAUUUUAAGGUGGAAUGAUGUUGGAUUCACACUCGUCUCUAGAUGGAUUCAAGCUUUCCCUUCCUGAUCCGUGACUUCAACUCCUCUUCCCCUUGACUUCCUCUUCCCCUUGACUACUUCUACUUCUUUGUUUGUCCGCGUCUCACCUUCACGUUCAGAAAAAGAGAAGAAACACGCAGGGAAAGAAUAUAAAAAGAGUAUCUGUCAUAGUUUCACGAUUACCUCCACCCUCGUUAACUCUUUCACCCCUUUACCUGUCCGCGUCCUUACCUUGUCAUUUAGGAAGGAACUGAGGGGAGACACAACAGAAGAAUAGGAGAAACAUGCAUGGUAACUUAAAUCCUAUUCUACUUUCAAUAUUAUCUUCUCCAUCCCUCCUUGUCUACCUCCAAAUGGGCGUGAUUUUAAUGUUCUCGAUACACUGAUUGAUGAAGCCGAUUUUGUGCGCUCUUAUUGCUAUUUUCUUUUGUAUUUUUUUGUGGUAGUGUAGAGAGAGCUGGUGGUUGUGCCAUCACGGUAUCAACUGCCCAGAUACUCGUUGUAGAUGUGUUGAUAAUAAAUUCAUUCUUAUCAUUGUGUA